CAGAGUCCUCGAACACACACACACACACACACACACACACUCUCACGCACGCACACACCGGCAGAAAAGGGGAAGGCUCAAAAAACAGAAACCAUAUGAGCAAUCUCACAGUGCCGACUGGCUGCCUAGUUUGAUAGGACUAUCUCUCUCUCUCUCUCUCUCCUCUUUGGACUGAGAGGUACAGAGUGCAGGAAGACCCAGCAAAGGCAGACAGCAGCAGAAGCAUCUCUCCUCUCUCGAGCCCCAGAAGGAGCCAAUGGUCAUGGUGAAGGAGAAAGUGGCCCAUCCUCAGGAAGCCCACAGGCCCCCGGAGAAACUGGUCAUCCAGUGUUACAAAUGCAGGGAACCAUGCAAGGGUGAGGUGCUGCGUGUGCAGAGCAAGCAUUUCCACAUCAAGUGCUUCACCUGCAAAGUAUGUGGUUGUGAUCUGGCCCAAGGUGGUUUCUUCAUGAAGAACGGUGAGUAUUUGUGCACACUGGAUUACCAAAGGCUGCAUGGAACACGCUGCCAUGGCUGUGGGAACUUUGUUGAAGGAGAGGUGGUGACGGCGCUUGGGAAGACCUACCACCCCACCUGCUUCGUCUGCACCAUCUGCAAACGGCCAUUUCCUGCUGGAGACCGCGUCACCUUCAAUGGAAAGGACUGUCUCUGCCAGCGCUGCAUCCAGCCAAUGUCUCCUCCUCCCAAAGACAUCAGUACUUCCAGCAACUGUGCAGGUUGUGGCAGGGACAUUAAAAAUGGACAAGCUCUGCUAGCUUUGGACAGACAGUGGCAUCUCGGCUGCUUCAAGUGCAAGGCCUGCGGCAAAGUGCUGAGUGGCGAGUACAUCAGCAAGGAUGGUGCACCAUACUGUGAGAGAGACUAUCAGAUCCAUUUUGGUGUACAGUGUGAAGCCUGUCAUCAGUAUAUAACAGGGAGGGUUCUGGAGGCAGGUGAUAAACACUACCACCCCAGUUGUGCACGAUGCAGCCGGUGCAACCAGAUGUUCACAGAGGGGGAGGAGAUGUACCUACAAGGCUCUACAGUGUGGCAUCCAGACUGUAAGAGCAACAUCAAAGUAGAAGAGAAGUACAGGGAAGCACGACAGCGACCUGGCAGAAAGCCCCGUCCUUUUGAUAUGUUUUUGCCCCUGAAUAAGUGUGAGUCUCAGUGUAAGACGAAGGGCCGGGGUGGCUCUGCUCGAGGCGUGCGUCCCCUGCGCAGGACGGAGCUUCUCCCUCCUUCUGUAACCUCACUGCACCAAUCAGAAAGGCAGCCCACAAGGUCUUCGUCAGAGAGUAUUUGUUCUCGGCCGGGUUCCAGCAUCCCUGGCUCUCCUGGUCACACCAUCUAUGCAAAAGUAGACAAUGAGAUCAUUGAUUACAAGGACCUAGCAGCCAUCCCCCGAGUCAAGGCCAUUUAUGACAUAGAGCGUCCAGACAUGAUAUCCUACGAGUCUCUGCACUCCACCUCCUCUACCCUGGAGAGACAGGGCAGACACAGCCCUGGAGAGUGCCAGAGUACUACAGGUGACCAAUCCCCCAUCAGAGGCCAUAUUAAAACCAUGCCACAAGACCCUUCCCCCAUGUCAGUUGAGACUUCACCAAGAACCCUGUCUCCCACCCCAUCUGCGGAGGGCUGUUAUGACAUUCGAGAACGCAUCAUGCAAAGAUCCACCAGCCAGGGCUCCAUCAGCUCCCCGAUGUACAGCCGACACAACUACACACCUACGCUGUCUAAGACACCACAGCACUUCCACAGACCAGGAAUGCUGAAGCUCUGCUCCUCUUUGCGCUCUAGCAACAGUGACAACCGUCCCACUUCCCCUUUCCGACAUCACUUCCUCCCCCAUAACAAAGAUUCUUUCUGCAUAGGCACUGAGCCGUCGAGUGGCCGGAGUUCUCCCUUGUCCUCUCGCUCGGCCACCCCGACCCUCUGUCUGACCCCUAAACAUUUCCACAUCCCAGACCAAGGCAUGAACAUGUACAGAAAACCACCAAUCUACAAACAACAUGAUUCAGCUGCCCUCGCAGCCCAAAGCAAGUUUGCUGGUGACAUCAUCAAAUCAUCCAAGUUCCCUGCUGCUCAAGCACCCCAGCCGGAUGAAACAGCAAAGAUUGAGACUGACUACUGGCCCUGCCCUCCCUCCCUUGCAGCCCUAGGUUCAGAUAUGAGGAGUCGCUCACGAGAUGAAGAAGAGGAGGAACAAUUAAAACGAAGACAGCUCCAAGAAGAUCAUCUUAGCAAGAUCCAGUCUGGUCUUGGGAAACUCAUUUUGAAGGAGGAGAUGGAGAAGGAAAUGAACAGAGAGAGGUAUGCUCGCAGUGUCGCAGCUCAGCGGUACGAUCCCCAGCACUCCAAUUUCACUACAGAUCCCAACUCUCCUACAUCUAAAACCUCUUCACUGCCAGGAUAUGGACGCAACGGCCUUCAUCGGUCAACAGAAUUCUCUCAGUAUAACAGUUACGGGGAUGUGUGUGGAGGUCAGAGAGAUUUCAAGCUCGUCCAAGAGGGCCAGGUUCCCCUAACCAGAAUGGACAGGGGAAUGUCAAUGCCUAACAUGUUGGAACAUAAAGUGUAUCCCUAUGAAAUGCUCACUGUCACCAACAGAGGGCGUACAAAGCUCCCAAAGGACGUGGACAGGACAAGAUUGGAGCGUCACCUGGCCCCUGAAGUAUUCUUUGAUGUCUUUGGGAUGGAGAUCCAAGAGUUUGACAAACUUCCUCUGUGGAAGCGCAAUGAUAUGAAGAAGAAGGCCAAGCUGUUCUAGCCAGGACAUUGUGCAUGUUUUAAUUUAUCCGUCACUCCAAUAAUGUAUUAUAGCUGUAGUUUUCUGAUUUGCUUUUCCUUUAUGCCCUUUUAUUUUUCUUUGUUUUGUUUGCUUCCAACAAUCUGAUACACAUGGACAUAAAUUAUCUACUUUUUUGAUUCAAAACAAAGGCCACCCUUUUCUUCCCCAAGACGGAGUUUGUGUUUGAGUCGGUUUAAAGUGAACUGCAAUCUAACCACUCAGAAGAGACCAGAGGAGUGAGGACUGGUUAUUAUCUCUCACAUUUAACUCACAUGAAACCUGACUUCCGAGCAAAGCUUUCUCCCCUUGCACUCCUUCCUGGCCUCUUGUAAAACAGGACUGUAAUCUUUUUUGGGGGAAAGUGGUAGGGGGCUGAAGGCUAUCUGCAGGGUUCUUCCUCUAAACAGGCUAUUAAGGUGAUGAAAAUGGAGGCGCUCCAACAGCCCCCUGCUGUUGUUUCUCUAACAAGGGCCUUGAUGUUUGUUAAUGGGGAGAAGUUAGAGCUACUGUAUGUGACUGAAGAUAAGAGGCCUGGGCUCCACCUGUGGUGGGGAAGGCCUUAACAGACCAUCCGAGCUUCUGGAACAUAUUAGAACCUGAGGCGACAGAAAGAUACAUCUGCUAUAAUGUUCCUCCUUGCCAGCUCUUCUCAAUCAUCAAGCCAAUACUGAAAUGGUUUAGCAUGAUUUCUCUAGAAUAUUUCAAAAUCUGUUUGUUUAAUUUUAAACAAACAGAAAUAUUGCGCUUGACCACUUGACACAUGAGGUGCUGGUGAAAUGUUAGGAAAUGAAAGCUGAUCUCCUGCUUCCUCUGAAAGAGUUAUGAGUUUGUUCACCAAUAGAGGUCAGGCCUGUGUCAUGAGGAACAACUGAGGCACCUCCAUCUUACUUUUCAGAUACCUCCAACAUUGGAGUCAUCUAAGUUGCAAUAUAUGUUUUAGCAACAUAUCACUUUGACUAAAGUUGCAUUUGAAAGGAAACACCUUUGAUAUUACUGCAUUUUAUAAAGCUGAAGUAUUUCAAACUGCCACUGUGUUACUGGAAGACUGAUGGAACCGUAGCCAUAGCAUCUGUGUCAGGAGUAGGUUUGAUAGCAGGGCCAUAUCUGUCAUUCUGUAUAAAGCUGCCAGACAGUGUUGUUCCCAUAUCACUGGAUGUGCUUGCAGUAGUGUUGUUGGCUGUUGGUGACCGUUAAUUCCCAGCAGUUUCCUGUGUUAUCUGCAGGGUUAAGGACCGAGGACUAGGAAAUAGAAAAAAAAAAUACUGGGUUUAUAUCGCACAAACAAUGUGAUGAAAAUAUGGUGAUGAAAUUCUGGUUUUUAUACCCAUCAUGACAAUGAUGUAAAAACUCAAAUGAGUAAUAAAACUCUGCUUCAGAUA